AUGAUGUGCAAAUCUAUACUGAAAAUGCUUGUAUUAAUUGUUGAACUGUCUCUUUUAAUGAGUGAAUGUAACGAGGAAGUUUGUCGUUCUAUAGAUCGAUGGAUGGAUAAUCGAAAAACGGCUAUUUAUAAACGGUCGAAUGACAAAAAACUGAAGAAAAUUGCAACUAUGGCAUGGUUAUCUGGUGCGGAUUCCAAUAAAAAGCUAGUAGAAAAUCUUAAAAGUCAUGAUGAAACCGUCGAAGAAGCUAUGUUAAGUAUUGAUCGUGGUGAUUUUGCUCCACAGGAACCUUAUGCUGAUAGUCCAGUUUCGAUUGGUUAUGGAGCCACAAUAAGUGCGCCUCACAUGGCUUUAGAUGUCGGAUCUGGCUCUGGUUAUCUAACUGCUUGCAUGGCGGUGAUGGUCGGUCCAGAAGGGAAAAUAGUCGGCAUAGAUCACAUUGAAGAACUAGUAAAUAUAUCACGACAAAACAUUGAGAAACAUCAUGGAGAUUUGCUUUCAAGUGGUCGAAUUGUUUUGGUGACUGGUGAUGGAAGAAAAGGUUAUGCGCCAGGAGCGCCAUAUACGGCCAUUCACGUUGGAGCGGCAGCUUCUGAGAUUCCACAAGAACUAUUGGAUCAAUUAGCGCCUCGUGGGCGUAUGUUAAUUCCUGUAGGACUAGAACACAGUGCUCAGCGUUUUUUGCAAGUGGAUAAAAAUGAGAAUGGCGAAACGGUUAAGAAGGAUUUAUUAGGUGUAUUGUAUGUGCCACUUACAGAUCCUCAACGACAACGUAGAAAAGAAUGA